CAAAAUCUCAUUGGAGAGAAACUCUAUCAGUGCAUGGAAUGUGGAAAGAGCUUCAGUCAUAGCUCCUCUCUCACUUCCCAUCAGAGAAUUCAUACAGGGGAGAAACCAUAUCAGUGCUUCGAAUGUGGAAAGAGCUUUAGUCGCAGUGAUGGUCUCACUUCCCAUCAAAGAAUUCAUACAGGGGAGAAACCCUAUCAGUGCGUGGAAUGUGGAAAGAGCUUCAGUCGGAGCUCCAAUCUCACUAAGCAUAAGAGAAUCCAUACAAAAGAUGAGAAGUCACAUAAAAAUUUGGAGUGUAGAGAAAGCUGCAGUCAGAGAUCCCAUUCCACUUCCCAUCAACAAAAUCUCAUUGGAAAGAAACUCUAUCAGUGUGUGGAAUGUGGAAAUAGCUUCAAUCACAGCUCCUCUCUCACUUCCCAUCAAAGAAUUCAUACAGGGGAGAAACCCUAUCAGUGUGUCGAAUGUGGAAAGAGCUUCAGUAGGAGCUCCAAUCUCGCUUCCCAUAAAAGAAUUCAUACAGGGGAGAAACCCUCUCAGUGUGUCGAAUGUGGAAAGAGCUUCAGUACGAGCUCCUCUCUCACUAAGCAUCAGAGAAUUCAUACAGCGGAGAAACCCUAUCAGUGUGUGGAAUGUGGAAAGAGCUUCACUGAGAGGUCUUCUCUCACUUCCCAUCGAAGAAUUCAUACAGGGGAGAAACCUUAUCAGUGUGUGGAAUGUGGAAAGAGCUUCAGUAGGAGCUCCGAUCUCACUUCCCAUAAAAGAAUUCAUACAGGGGAGAAACCCUAUCAGUGUGUGGAAUGUGGAAAGAGCUUCAAUCACAGCUCCUCUCUCACUUCCCAUCGAAGAAUUCAUACAGGGGAGAAACCUUAUCAGUGUGUGGAAUGUGGAAAGAGCUUCAGUAGGAUCUCCAGCCUCACUUUCCAUAAAAGAAUUCAUACAGGGGAGAAACCCUAUCAGUGUGUGGAAUGUGGAAAGAGCUUCACUGAGAGGUUCUCUCUCACUUCCCAUCGAAGAAUUCAUACAGGGGAGAAACCUUAUCAGUGUGUGGAAUGUGGAAAGAGCUUCAGUACAAGCUCCAAUCUCACUUCCCAUCAAAGAAUUCAUACAGGGGAGAAACCCUAUCAGUGCUUCGAAUGUGGAAAGAGCUUCAGUCAUGGCUCCCAUCUCACUAAGCAUCAGAGAAUUCAUAGAGGGGAGAAACCUUAUCAGUGUGUGGAAUGUGGAAAGAGCUACAGUCAGAGCUCCUAUCUUACUUCCCAUCAAAGAAUUCAUACAGGAGAGAAACCCUAUCAGUGCAUGGAAUGUGGAAAGACUUUCAUUCAAAGCCAAAAUCUCACUUCCCAUAGAAGAAUCCAUACAAAGGAGAAGCCACAUAAAAAUUUGGAGUGCAGAGAAAGCUGCAGUCAGAGAUCCCAUUUCACUACCCAUCAACAAAAUCUCAUUGGAAAGAAACUCUAUCAGUGUGUGGAAUGUGGAAAGAGCUUCAAUCACUCCUCCUCUCUCACUUCCCAUCAAAGAAUUCAUACAGGGGAGAAACCCUACCAGUGUGUGGAAUGUGGAAAGAGCUUCAGCCAGAGAUCCCAUCUCACUUCCCAUAAAAGAAUUCAUACAGGGGAGAAACCAUAUCAAUGUGUGGAAUGUGGAAAGAGCUUCAGUCAGAGCUCCGAUCUCACUUCCCAUAAAAGAAUUCAUACAGGGGAGAAACCCUAUCAGUGUGUGGAAUGUGGAAAGAGCUUCAGUAUGAGCUCCUCUCUCACUAAGCACCGGAGAAUUCAUACAGGGGAGAAACCCUAUCAGUGUGUGGAAUGUGGAAAGAGCUUCAAUCACUCCUCCUCUCUCACUUCCCAUCAAAGAAUUCAUACAGGGGAGAAACCCUAUCAGUGUGUGGAAUGUGGAAAGAGCUUCAGUCAGAACUCCAAUCUCACUUCCCAUCAAAGAAUUCAUACAGGGGAGAAACCCUAUCCGUGUUUUGAAUGUGGAAAGAACUUCAGUCAGAUUUCCGAUCUCACUAAUCAUCAGAGAAUUCAUACAGGAGAGAACCCUUAUCAGUGUGUGGAAUGUGGAAAGAGCUUCAGUCAGAGCUCCUCUCUCACUGAGCAUCAGAGAAUUCAUACAGGGGAGAAACCCUAUCAGUGUGUAGAAUGUGGAAAGAGCUUCAAUCACAGCUCCUCUCUGGCUAAGCAUCACAGAAUUCAUACAGGGGAGAAACCCUAUCAGUGUGUGGAAUGUGGAAAGAGCUUCAGUACGAGCUCCCAUCUCACUUCCCAUCAAAGAAUUCAUACAGGGGAGAAACCCUAUCAGUGUGUGGAAUGUGGAAAGAGCUUCAGUACGAGCUCCCAUCUCACUUCCCAUAAAAGAAUUCAUACAGGGGAGAAACCCUAUCAGUGUGUGGAAUGUGGAAAGAGCUUCAAUACGAGCUCCUCUCUCACUAAGCAUCAGAGAAUUCAUACAGGGGAGAAACCCUAUCAUUGUGUAGAAUGUGGAGAGAGCUUCAAUAGCAGCUCCAAUCUCACUUCCCAUCAAAGAAUUCAUACAGGGGAGAAACCCUAUCAGUGUGUGGAAUGUGGAAAGAGCUUCAGUACGAGCUCCCCUCUCACUAAGCAUCAGAGAAUUCAUACAGGGGAGAAACCCUAUCAGUGUGUAGAAUGUGGAAAGAGCUUCAGUCACAGCUCCUCUCUCACUUCCCAUAAAAGAAUUCAUACAGGGGAGAAACCCUAUCAGUGUGUGGAAUGUGGAAAGAGCUUCAAUCACUCCUCCUCUCUCACUUCCCAUCAAAGAAUUCAUACAGGGGAGAAACCCUAUCAGUGUGUGGAAUGUGGAAAGAGCUUCAGUCAGAGCUCCAAUCUCACUGAGCAUCAAAGAAUUCAUACAGGGGAGAAACCAUAUCAGUGUGUGGAAUGUGGAAAGAGCUUCAGUACGAGCUCCUCUCUCACUGAGCAUCAAAGAAUUCAUACCGGGGAGAAACCAUAUCAGUGUGUGGAAUGUGGAAAGAGCUUCAGUCAGAGCUCCCGUCUCACUUCCCAUAAAAGAAUCCAUACAAAGGAGAAGCCACGCAAAAAUUUGCAGUGUGGAGAAAGCUGCAGUCAGAGCUUCCAUUCCACUUCCCAUCAACAAAAUCUCAUUGGAAAGAAACUCUAUCAGUGCAUGGAAUGUGGAAAGAGCUUCAGUCAUAGCUCCUCUCUCACUUCCCAUCAAAGAAUUCAUACAGGGGAGAAACCCCAUCAGUGUGUGGAAUGUGGAAAGAGCUUCAGUCGGAGCUCCAAUCUCACUAAGCAUCAGAGAAUCCAUACAAAAGAGGAGAAGCCACAUAAAAAUUUGGAGUGCAGAGAAAGCUGCAGUCAGAGAUCCCAUUUCACUUCCCAUCAACAAAAUCUCAUUGGAAAGAAACUCUAUCAGUGUGUGGAAUGUGGAAAGAGCUUCAAUCACUCCUCCUCUCUCACUUCCCAUCAAAGAAUUCAUACAGGGGAGGAACCCUACCAGUGUGUGGAAUGUGGAAAGAGCUUCAGCCAGAGAUCCCAUCUCACUUCCCAUAAAAGAAUUCAUACAGGGGAGAAACCAUAUCAAUGUGUGGAAUGUGGAAAGAGCUUCAGUCAGAGCUCCGAUCUCACUUCCCAUAAAAGAAUUCAUACAGGGGAGAAACCCUAUCAGUGUGUGGAAUGUGGAAAGAGCUUCAGUAUGAGCUCCUCUCUCACUAAGCACCGGAGAAUUCAUACAGGGGAGAAACCCUAUCAGUGUGUGGAAUGUGGAAAGAGCUUCAAUCACUCCUCCUCUCUCACUUCCCAUCAAAGAAUUCAUACAGGGGAGAAACCCUAUCAGUGUGUGGAAUGUGGAAAGAGCUUCAGUCAGAGCUCCAAUCUCACUUCCCAUCAAAGAAUUCAUACAGGGGAGAAACCAUAUCAGUGUGUGGAAUGUGGAAAGAGCUUCAGUACGAGCUCCUCUCUCACUGAGCAUCAAAGAAUUCAUACCGGGGAGAAACCAUAUCAGUGUGUGGAAUGUGGAAAGAGCUUCAGUCAGAGCUCCAAUCUCACUUCCCAUAAAAGAAUUCAUACAGGGGAGAAACCCUAUCCGUGUUUUGAAUGUGGAAAGAACUUCAGUCAGAUUUCCGAUCUCACUAAUCAUCAGAGAAUUCAUACAGGAGAGAACCCUUAUCAGUGUGUGGAAUGUGGAAAGAGCUUCAGUCAGAGCUCCUCUCUCACUGAGCAUCAGAGAAUUCAUACAGGGGAGAAACCCUAUCAGUGUGUGGAAUGUGGAACGAGCUUCAGUCAGAUCUCCCAUCUCACUUCCCAUCAAAGAAUUCAUACAGGGGAGAAACCCUAUCAGUGUGUGGAAUGUGGAAAGAGCUUCAAUUACUCCUCCUCUCUCACUUCCCAUCAAAGAAUUCAUACAGGGGAGAAACCCUAUCAAUGUGUGGAAUGUGGAAAGAGCUUCAAUACGAGCUCCUCUCUCACUAAGCAUCAGAGAAUUCAUACAGGGGAGAAACCCUAUCAUUGUGUAGAAUGUGGAGAGAGCUUCAAUAGCAGCUCCCAUCUCACUUCCCAUAAAAGAAUUCAUACAGGGGAGAAACCCUAUCAGUGUGUGGAAUGUGGAAAGAGCUUCAGUACGAGCUCCCCUCUCACUAAGCAUCAGAGAAUUCAUACAGGGGAGAAACCCUAUCAGUGUGUAGAAUGUGGAAAGAGCUUCAGUCACAGCUCCUCUCUCACUUCCCAUAAAAGAAUUCAUACAGGGGAGAAACCCUAUCAGUGUGUGGAAUGUGGAAAGAGCUUCAAUCACUCCUCCUCUCUCACUUCCCAUCAAAGAAUUCAUACAGGGGAGAAACCCUAUCAGUGUGUGGAAUGUGGAAAGAGCUUCAGUCAGAGCUCCAAUCUCACUGAGCAUCAAAGAAUUCAUACAAGGGAGAAACCAUAUCAAUGUGUGGAAUGUGGAAAGAGCUUCAGUCAGAGCUCCGAUCUCACUUCCCAUAAAAGAAUUCAUACAGGGGAGAAACCCUAUCAGUGUGUGGAAUGUGGAAAGAGCUUCAAUCACUCCUCCUCUCUCACUUCCCAUCAAAGAAUUCAUACAGGGGAGAAACCCUAUCAGUGUGUGGAAUGUGGAAAGAGCUUCAAUUACUCCUCCUCUCUCACUUCCCAUCAAAGAAUUCAUACAGGGGAGAAACCAUAUCAGUGUGUGGAAUGUGGAAAGAGCUUCAGUACGAGCUCCUCUCUCACUGAGCAUCAAAGAAUUCAUACCGGGGAGAAACCAUAUCAGUGUUGUGUGGAAUGUGGAAAGAGCUUCAAUCACUCCUCCUCUCUCACUUCCCAUCAAAGAAUUCAUACAGGGGAGGAACCCUACCAGUGUGUGGAAUGUGGAAAGAGCUUCAGCCAGAGAUCCCAUCUCACUUCCCAUAAAAGAAUUCAUACAGGGGAGAAACCAUAUCAAUGUGUGGAAUGUGGAAAGAGCUUCAAUCACUCCUCCUCUCUCACUUCCCAUCAAAGAAUUCAUACAGGGGAGGAACCCUAUCAGUGUGUGGAAUGUGGAAAGAGCUUCAGUAUGAGCUCCUCUCUCACUAAGCACCGGAGAAUUCAUACAGGGGAGAAACCCUAUCAGUGUGUGGAAUGUGGAAAGAGCUUCAAUCACUCCUCCUCUCUCACUUCCCAUCAAAGAAUUCAUACAGGGGAGAAACCCUAUCAGUGUGUGCAAUGUGGAAAGAGCUUCAGUCAGAGCUCCAAUCUCACUUCCCAUCAAAGAAUUCAUACAGGGGAGAAACCAUAUCAGUGUGUGGAAUGUGGAAAGAGCUUCAGUACGAGCUCCUCUCUCACUGAGCAUCAAAGAAUUCAUACCGGGGAGAAACCAUAUCAGUGUGUGGAAUGUGGAAAGAGCUUCAGUCAGAGCUCCAAUCUCACUUCCCAUAAAAGAAUUCAUACAGGGGAGAAACCCUAUCCGUGUUUUGAAUGUGGAAAGAACUUCAGUCAGAUUUCCGAUCUCACUAAUCAUCAGAGAAUUCAUACAGGAGAGAACCCUUAUCAGUGUGUGGAAUGUGGAAAGAGCUUCAGUCAGAGCUCCUCUCUCACUGAGCAUCAGAGAAUUCAUACAGGGGAGAAACCCUAUCAGUGUGUGGAAUGUGAAAAGAGCUUCAAUUACUCCUCCUCUCUCACUUCCCAUCAAAGAAUUCAUACAGGGGAGAAACCCUAUCAAUGUGUGGAAUGUGGAAAGAGCUUCAAUACGAGCUCCUCUCUCACUAAGCAUCAGAGAAUUCAUAAAGGGGAGAAACCCUAUCAUUGUGUAGAAUGUGGAGAGAGCUUCAAUAGCAGCUCCCAUCUCACUUCCCAUAAAAGAAUUCAUACAGGGGAGAAACCCUAUCAGUGUGUGGAAUGUGGAAAGAGCUUCAGUACGAGCUCCCCUCUCACUAAGCAUCAGAGAAUUCAUACAGGGGAGAAACCCUAUCAGUGUGUAGAAUGUGGAAAGAGCUUCAGUCACAGCUCCUCUCUCACUUCCCAUAAAAGAAUUCAUACAGGGGAGAAACCCUAUCAGUGUGUGGAAUGUGGAAAGAGCUUCAAUCACUCCUCCUCUCUCACUUCCCAUCAAAGAAUUCAUACAGGGGAGAAACCCUAUCAGUGUGUGGAAUGUGGAAAGAGCUUCAGUCAGAGCUCCAAUCUCACUGAGCAUCAAAGAAUUCAUACAAGGGAGAAACCAUAUCAAUGUGUGGAAUGUGGAAAGAGCUUCAGUCAGAGCUCCGAUCUCACUUCCCAUAAAAGAAUUCAUACAGGGGAGAAACCCUAUCAGUGUGUGGAAUGUGGAAAGAGCUUCAAUCACUCCUCCUCUCUCACUUCCCAUCAAAGAAUUCAUACAGGGGAGAAACCCUAUCAGUGUGUGGAAUGUGGAAAGAGCUUCAAUUACUCCUCCUCUCUCACUUCCCAUCAAAGAAUUCAUACAGGGGAGAAACCAUAUCAGUGUGUGGAAUGUGGAAAGAGCUUCAGUACGAGCUCCUCUCUCACUGAGCAUCAAAGAAUUCAUACCGGGGAGAAACCAUAUCAGUGUGUGGAAUGUGGAAAGAGCUUCAGUCAGAGCUCCCAUCUCACUUCCCAUAAAAGAAUCCAUACAAAGGAGAAGCCACGUAAAAAUUUGGAGUGUGGAGAAAGCUGCAGUCAGAGCUUCCAUUCCACUUCCCAUCAACAAAAUCUCAUUGGAGAGAAACUCUAUCAGUGCAUGGAAUGUGGAAAGAGCUUCAGUCAUAGCUCCUCUCUCACUUCCCAUCAGAGAAUUCAUACAGGGGAGAAACCAUAUCAGUGCUUCGAAUGUGGAAAGAGCUUUAGUCGCAGUGAUGGUCUCACUUCCCAUCAAAGAAUUCAUACAGGGGAGAAACCCUAUCAGUGCUUGGAAUGUGGAAAGAGCUUCAGUCGGAGCUCCAAUCUCACUAAGCAUAAGAGAAUCCAUACUGGAAAGAAACUCUAUCAGUGUGUGGAAUGUGGAAAGAGCUUUAGUCAGAGCUCCAAUCUCACUUCCCAUCAAAGAAUUCAUACAGGAGAGAAACCCUAUCAGUGUGUGGAAUGUGGAAAGAGCUUCAGUAUAAGCUCCCAUCUCACUUACCAUAAAAGAAUUCAUAAAGGGGAGAAACCCUAUCAGUGUGUAGAAUGUGGAAAGAGCUUCAAUCACAGCUCCUCUCUCACUUCCCAUCAAAGAAUUCAUACAGGGGAGAAACCCUAUCAGUGUGUGGAAUGUGGAAAGAGCUUCAGUAGGAGCUCCAAUCUCGCUUCCCAUAAAAGAAUUCAUACAGGGGAGAAACCCUCUCAGUGUGUGGAAUGUGGAAAGAGCUUCAGUACGAGCUCAUCUCUCACUAAGCAUCAGAGAAUUCAUACAGCGGAGAAACCCUAUCAGUGUGUGGAAUGUGGAAAGAGCUUCACUGAGAGGUCUUCUCUCACUUCCCAUCGAAGAAUUCAUACAGGGGAGAAACCUUAUCAGUGUGUGGAAUGUGGAAAGAGCUUCAGUAGGAGCUCCGAUCUCACUUCCCAUAAAAGAAUUCAUACAGGGGAGAAACCCUAUCAGUGUGUGGAAUGUGGAAAGAGCUUCAAUCACAGCUCCUCUCUCACUUCCCAUCAAAGAAUUCAUACAGGGGAGAAACCUUAUCAGUGUGUGGAAUGUGGAAAGAGCUUCAGUAGGAUCUCCAGCCUCACUUUCCAUAAAAGAAUUCAUACAGGGGAGAAACCCUAUCAGUGUGUGGAAUGUGGAAAGAGCUUCAGUGAGAGGUUCUCUCUCACUUCCCAUCGAAGAAUUCAUACAGGGGAGAAACCUUAUCAGUGUGUGGAAUGUGGAAAGAGCUUCAGUACAAGCUCCAAUCUCACUUCCCAUCGAAGAAUUCAUACAGGGGAGAAACCCUAUCAGUGCAUGGAAUGUGGAAAGAGCUUCAGUCAUGGCUCCCAUCUCACUAAGCAUCAGAGAAUUCAUAGAGGAGAGAAACCUUAUCAGUGUGGGGAAUGUGGAAAGAGGUACAGUCAGAGCUCCUAUCUUACUUCCCAUCAAAGAAUUCAUACAGGAGAGAAACCCUAUCAGUGCAUGGAAUGUGGAAAGACUUUCAUUCAAAGCCAAAAUCUCACUUCCCAUAAAAGAAUCCAUACAAAAGAGGAGAAGCCACAUAAAAAUUUGGAGUGUAGAGAAAGCUGCAGUCAGAGAUCCCAUUUCACUUCCCAUCAACAAAAUCUCAUUGUAAAGAAACUCUAUCAUUGUGUGGAAUGUGGAAAGAGCUUCAAUAGAACCUCCCAUCUCACUUCCCAUCAAAGAAUUCAUACAGGGGAGAAACCCUCUCAGUGUGUGGAAUGUGGAAAGAACUUCAGUCAGAUUUCCGAUCUCACUAAGCAUCAGAGAAUUCAUACAGGGGAGAACCCUUAUCAGUGUGUGGAAUGUGGAAAGAGCUUCAGUCAGAGCUCCAAUCUCACUUCCCAUAAAAGAAUUCAUACAGGGGAGAAACCCUAUCAGUGUGUGGAAUGUGGAAAGAGCUUCAGUCAGAGCUCCUCUCUCACUGAGCAUCAGAGAAUUCAUACAGGGGAGAAACCCUAUCAGUGUGUAGAAUGUGGAAAGAGCUUCAAUCACAGCUCCUCUCUCACCAAGCAUCAGAGAAUUCAUACAGGGGAGAAACCCUAUCAGUGUGUGGAAUGUGGAACGAGCUUCAGUCGGAUCUCCAGCCUCAUUUUCCAUAAAAGAAUUCAUACAGGGGAGAAACCUUAUCAGUGUGUGGAAUGUGGAAAGAGCUUCAGACUGAGCUCCCAUCUCACUUCCCAUAAAAGAAUUCAUACAGGGGAGAAACCCUAUCAGUGUGUGGAAUGUGGAAAGAGCUUCAGUACGAGCUCCUCUCUCACUAAGCAUCAGAGAAUUCAUACAGGGGAGAAACCCUAUCAUUGUGUAGAAUGUGGAGAGAACUUCAAUAGCAGCUCCCAUCUCACUUCCCAUAAAAGAAUUCAUACAUGGGUGAAACCCUAUCAGUGUGUGGAAUGUGGAAAGAGCUUCAGUCGGAUCUCCAGCCUAAUUUUCCAUAAAAGAAUUCAUACAGGGGAGAAACCUUAUCAGUGUGUGGAAUGUGGAAAGAGCUUCAGACUGAGCUCCCAUCUCACUUCCCAUAAAAGAAUUCAUACAGGGGAGAAACCUUAUCAGUGUGUGGAAUGUGGAAAGAGCUUCAGACUGAGCUCCCAUCUCACUUCCCAUAAAAGAAUUCAUACAGGGGAGAAACCUUAUCAGUGCGUGGAAUGUGGAAAGCGCUUCAGUGUGAGCUCCUAUCUCACUAAGCAUCAGAGAAUUCAUACAGGGGAGAAACCAUAUCAGUGUGUGGAAUGUUUAAAGAGCUUCAGUAUGAGCUCCUCUCUCACUAAGCAUCAGAGAAUUCAUACAGGGGAGAAACCAUAUCAGUGUGUGGAAUGUGGAAAGAGCUUCAGUCAGAGCUCCAAUCUCACUGAGCAUCAAAGAAUUCAUACAGGGGAGAAACCAUAUCAGUGUGUGGAAUGUGGAAAGAGCUUCAGUCAGAGCUCCAAUCUCACUGAGCAUCAAAGAAUUCAUACAGAGAAACUCUAUCAGUGCAUGGAAUGUGGAAAGAGCUUCAGUCAGAGCUCCUCUCUCACUUCCCAUCAAAGAAUUCAUCCAGGGGAGAAACCCUAUCAGUGUGUGGAAUAUGGAAAUAGAUUUAGUUGUAGCCACAGUCUCACUUCCCAUAAAAGAAUUUAUACAGGGGAGAAACCCUAUCAGUGUGUGGAAUGUGGAAAGAGUUUCAAUACAAGCUCCCAUCUCACUUCCCAUAAAAGAAUUCAUACAGGGGAGAAACCCUAUCAGUGUGUGGAAUGUGGAAAGAGCUUCAGUCAGAGAUCCCAUCUCACUUCCCAUCAGAGAAUUCAUACAGGGGAGAAACCCUACCUGUGCUUCGAAUGUGGAAAGAGCUUCAGUCACAGCUACAGUCUCACUUCCCAUCAAAGAAUUCAUACAGGGGAGAAACCCUAUCAGUGUGUGAAAUGUGGAAAGAGCUUCAGUAACAGCUCCGAUCUCACUUCCCAUAAAAGAAUUCAUACAGGGGAGAAACCCUAUAAGUGUGUGGAAUGUGGAAAGAGCUUCAGAAUGAGCUCCUCCCUCACUAAGCAUCAGAGAAUUCAUACAGGGGAGAAACCCUAUCAGUGUGUAGAAUGUGGAAAGAGCUUCAGUCAGAGCUACCAUCUCACUUCCCAUAAAAGAAUUCAUACAGGGCAGAAACCCUAUCAGUGUGUAGAAUGUGGAAAGAGCUUCAGUAGGAGCUCCGAUCUCACUUCCCAUCAAAGAAUCCAUAUAGAGAAACUCUAUCAGUGCAUGGAAUGUGGAAAGAGCUUCAGUCAUAGCUCUUCUCUCACUUCCCAUCAAAGAAUUCAUACAGGGGAGAAACCGUAUCAGUGUGUGGAAUGUGGAAUGAGCUUCAGUCAGAGUGGCCAUCUCACUUUCCAUCAGAGAAUUCAUACAGGGGAGAAACCCUAUCAGUGUGUGGAAUGUGGAAAGAGCUUUAGUCAGAGUGGCCAACUCACUUUACAUCAGAGAAUUCAUACAGGGGAGAAACCAUAUCAGUGUGUGGAAUGUGGAAAGAGCUUCAGGAAUAUCAGCGAUCUCACUUCCCAUCAAAGAAUUCAUACAGGGGAGAAACCCUAUCAGUGUGUGGAAUGUGGAAAGAGCUUCAGUAGGAGCGACUCUCUCACUAAGCAUCAGAGAAUUCAUACAGGGGAGAAACCCUAUCAGUGUGUGGAAUGUGGAAAGAGCUUCAGUAGGAGCGACUCUCUCACUAAGCAUCAGAGAAUUCAUACAGGGGAGAAACCCUAUCAGUGUGUGGAAUGUGGAAAGAGCUUCAGUCACAGUUUCUGUCUCACUUCCCAUCAGAGAAUUCAUACAGGGGAGAAACCCUAUCAGUGUGUGGAAUGUGGAAAGAGCUUCAGUCAGAACUCCCAUCUCACUUCCCAUCAAGGAAUUCAUACAGGGGGGAAACCCUAUCAGUGUGUGGAAUGUGGAAAGAGCUUCAGGAAGAAGGAGAAGCUCACUUCCCAUCAAAGAAUUCAUACAGGGGAGAAACCCUAUCAGUGUUUGGAAUGUGGAAGGAGCUUCAGUACAAGCUCCACUCUCACUGCCCAUCAAAGAAUUCAUACAGGGGAGAAACCCAAUCAGUGUGUGGAAUGUGGAAAGAGCUUCAUUCAUAGGUCCUCUCUCACUAAGCAUCAGAGAAUUCAUACAGGGGAGAAACCCUAUCAGUUUUGUGGAUGUGGAAAGAGCUUCAGUAGGAGCUGCAGUCUCACUUCCCAUAAAAGAAUCCAUACUCAGAAACUCUAUCAGUGUGUGGAAUGUGGAAAGAGCUUCAGUCAUAGCUCCUCUCUCACUAAACAUAAAAGAAUUCAUCCAGGGGAGAAACCCUAUCAGUGUGUGGAAUGUGGAGAGAGGUUCAGUCGCAACUCCCAUCUCACUUCCCAUAAAAGAGUUCAUACAGGGGAGAAACCCUAUCAGUGUGUGGAAUGUGGAGAGAGGUUCAGUCGCAACUCCCAUCUCACUUCCCAUAAAAAAGUUCAUACAGGGGAGAAACCCUAUCAGUGUGUGGAAUGUGGAAAGAGCUUCAGUUGGAGCUCCGAUCUCACUGCCCAUAAAAGAAUUCAUACAGGGGAGAAACCCUAUCAGUGUGUAGAAUGUGAAAAGAGCUUCAGUCAGAGAUCCCAUCUCACUUCCCAUCAGAGAAUUCAUACAGGGGAGAAACCCUAUCAGUGUGUGGAAUGUGGAAAGAACUUCAGUUGGAGCUCCGAUCUCACUUCCCAUAAAAGAAUUCAUACAGGGGAGAAACCCUUUCAGUGUGUGGAAUGUGGAAAGAGCUUCAGUCAGAGCUCCUCUCUUACUAAGCAUCAGAGAAUUCAUACAGGGGAGAAACCAUAUGAGUGUGUGGAAUGUGGAAAGAGCUUCACUGAUAGCUCCUCUCUCACUAAGCAUCAGAGAAUUCAUACAGGGGAGAAACCCUAUCAGUGUGUGGAAUGUGGAAAGAGCUUCAUUCAUAGCUCCUCUCUUACUAAGCACCAGAGAAUUCAUACAGGGGAGAAACCCUAUCAGUGCUUGGAAUGUGGAAAGAGCUUCAGUCAGAGCUCCUCUCUUACUAAGCAUCAGAGAAUUCAUACAGGGGAGAAACCAUAUGAGUGUUUGGAAUGUGGAAAGAGCUUCAGUCAGAGCUCCAAUCUCACUUAACAUCAAAGAAUCCAUACAAAGGAGAAGCCACGUAAAAAUUUGGAGUGUGGAGAAAGCUGCAGUCAGAUAUCCCAUUGCACUUCCCAUCAACAAAAUCUCAUUGGAGAGAAACUCUAUCAGUGCAUGGAAUGUGGAAAGAGAUUCAGUCAUAGCUCCUCUCUCACUUCCCAUCAAACAAUUCAUACAGGGGAGAAACCAUAUCAGUGUGUGGAAUGUGGAAAGAGCUUCAGAAUGAGCUCUUCUCUCACUAAGCAUCAGAGAAUUCAUACAGGGGAGAAACCUUAUCAGUGUGUGGAAUGUGGAAAGAGCUUUAGUCAGAGUGGCCAUCUCACUUUCCAUCAGAGAAUUCAUACAGGGGAGAAACCCUAUCAGUGUGUGGAAUGUGGAAAGAGCUUCAAUAGGAGUUCCACUCUCACUUUCCAUAAAAUAAUUCAUACAGGGGAGAAACCCUAUCAAUGUGUGGAAUGUGGAAAGAGCUUCAUUCAUAGCUCCUCUCUCACUAACCACCAGAGAAUUCAUACAGGGGAGAAACCCUAUCAGUGUGUGGAAUGUGGAAAGAGCUUCAGUAGGAGCGCCUCUCUCACUAAGCAUCAGAGAAUUCAUACAGGGGAGAAACCCUAUCAGUGUGUGGAAUGUGGAAAGAGCUUCAGUCACAGUUCCUCUCUCACUUCCCAUCAGAGAAUUCAUACAGGGGAGAAACCCUAUCAGUGCGUGGAAUGUGGAAAGAGAUUCAAUCAGAGCUCCUAUCUCACUUCCCAUCAAAGAAUUCAUACAGUGGAGAAACCCUAUCAGUGUGCAAAAUGUGGAAAGAGCUUCAGAAUGAGCUCCUAUCUCACUAAGCACCAGAGAAUGCAUAAAGCGGAGAAACCAUAUCAGUGUGUGGAAUGUGGAAAGAGCUUCAGUCAGAGCGCCUCUCUCACUAAGCAUCAGAGAAUUCAUACAGGGGAGAAACCCUAUCAGUGUGUGGAAUGUGGAAAGAGCUUCAGUCACAGUUCCUCUCUCACUUCCCAUCAGAGAAUUCAUACAGGGGAGAAACCCUAUCAGUGCGUGGAAUGUGGAAAGAGCUUCAGUCUGAGCUCCCAUCUCACUAAGCAUCAGAGAAUUCAUACAGGGGAGAAACCCUAUCAGUGUGUGGAAUGUGGAAAGAGCUUCAGUCACAGUUCCUCUCUCACUUCCCAUCAGAGAAUUCAUACAGGGGAGAAACCCUAUCAGUGUGUGGAAUGUGGAAAGAGCUUCAGUCUGAGCUCCCAUCUCACUUACCAUCAAAGAAUUCAUACAGGGGAGAAACCCUAUCAGUGUGUGGAAUGUGGAAAGAGCUUCAGUCAUGGCUCCCAUCUCACUCUCCAUAAAAGAAUUCAUACAGGGGAGAAACCCUAUCAGUGUGUGGAAUGUGGAAAGAGAUUCAGUCAGAGCUCCUCUCUCACUUUCCAUCAUAGAAUUCAUACAGGGGAGAAACCCUAUCAGUGCGUGGAAUGUGGAAAGCGCUUCAGUAGGAGCGCCACUCUCACUAAGCAUCAGAGAAUUCAUACAGGGGAGAAACCCUAUCAGUGGGAAUGUGGAAAGAGCUUCAGUAGGAGCUGCAGUCUCACUUCCCAUAAAAUAAUCCACAUUGGAAAGAAACUCUAUCAGUGUGUGGAAUGUGGAAAGAGCUUCAGUCAUAGCUCCUCUCUCACUUCCCAUCAAAGAAUACAUACAGGGGAGAAACCCUAUCAGUGUGUGGAAUGUGGAAAGAGCUUCAGUAGGAGCUCCUCUCUCACUAAGCAUCAGAGAAUUCAUACAGGGGAGAAACCCUAUCAGUGUGUGGAAUGUGGAAAGAGCUUCAGUCAGAGUGGCCAUCUCACUUUCCAUCAGAGAAUUCAUACAGGGGAGAAACCCUAUCAGUGUGUGGAAUGUGGAAAGAGCUUCAUUCAUAGCUCCUCUCUCACUAACCAUCAGAGAAUUCAUACAGGGGAGAAACCCUAUCAGUGUGUGGAACGUGGAAAGAGCUUCAGUAGGAGCUCCGAUCUCGCUUCCCAUCAAAGAAUUCAUACAGGGAAGAAACCCUAUCAGUGUGUGGAAUGUGGAAAGAGCUUCAGUAGGAGCUGCGAUCUCACUUCCCAUAAAAGAAUUCAUACAGGGGAGAAACCCUAUCAGUGUGUGGAAUGUGGAAAGAGCUUCAGUUGGAGCUCCAAUCUCACUUCCCAUCAAAGAAUUCAUACAGGGGAGAAACCCUAUCAGUGUGUGGAAUGUGGAAAGAGCUUCACUUAUAGCUCCUCUCUCACUUUCCAUCAGAGAAUUCAUACAGGGGAGAAACCCUAUCAGUGUGUAGAAUGUGGAAAGAGCUUCAUUCAUAGCUCCUCUCUCACUAACCAUCAGAGAAUUCAUACAGGGGAGAAACCCUAUCAGUGUGUGGAAUGUGGAAAGAGCUUUAGUCAGAGUGGCCAACUCACUUUCCAUCAAAGAAUUCAUACAGGGGAGAAACCCUAUCAGUGUGUGGAAUGUGGAAAGAGCUUCAGUAGGAGCUCUGAUCUCGCUUCCCAUCAAAGAAUUCAUACAGGGGAGAAACCCUAUCAGUGUGUGGAAUGUGGAAAGAGCUUCAGUAGGAGCUCCGAUCUCACUUCCCAUAAAAGAAUUCAUAUAGGGGAGAAACCCUAUCAGUGUGUGGAAUGUGGAAAGAGCUUCAGUAUGAGCUCCAAUCUAACUUCCCAUCAAAGAAUUCAUACAGGGGAGAAACCCUAUCAGUGUGUGGAAUGUGCAAAGAGCUUCAGUCACAGCUCCUCUCUCACUAAGCAUCAAAGAAUUCAUACAGGGGAGAAACCCUAUCAGUGUGUGGAAUGUGGAAAGAGCUUCAGUCAGAUCUUCUCUCUCACUUCCCAUCAGAGAAUUCAUACAGGGGAGAAACCCUAUCAGUGCUUGGAAUGUGGAAAGAGCUUCAGUCUGAACUCCCAUCUCACUUACCAUCAAAGAAUUCAUACAGGGGAGAAACCCUAUCAGUGUGUGGAAUGUGGAAAGAGCUUCAGUCAUGGCUCCCAUCUCACUCUCCAUAAAAGAAUUCAUACAGGGGAGAAACCCUAUCAGUGUGUGGAAUGUGGAAAGAGAUUCAGUCAGAGCUCCUCUCUCACUUUCCAUCAUAGAAUUCAUACAGGGGAGAAACCCUAUCAAUGCGUGGAAUGUGGAAAGAGCUUCAGUAAAAUCUCUAUUCUCACUAAGCAUCAAAGAAUUCAUACAGGGGAGAAACCCUAUCAGUGUUUUGAAUGUGGAAAGAGCUUCACUCAGAGCUGCGAUCUCACUUGCCAUCAAAGAAUCCAUACAGGGGAGAAACCCUAUCAGUGUGUGGAGUGUGGAAAGAGCUUCAAUACAAGCUCCAAUCUCGCUAAGCAUCAAAGAAUUCAUACAGGGGAGAAACCAUAUCAGUGUUUUGAAUGUGGAAAGAGCUUCAGUCAGAGCUGCGAUCUCACUUGCCAUCAAAGAAUUCAUACAGGGGAGAAACCGUAUCAGUGUGUCGAAUGUGGAAAGAGCUUCAGUGACAACCACAGUCUCACUUCCCAUCAAAGAAUCCAUACAGGGGAGAAACCCUAUCAGUGUGUGGAGUGUGGAAAGAGCUUCAGUCAGAGCUCCUCUCUCACUUCCCAUCAGAGAAUUCAUACAGGCGAGAAACCCUAUCAGUGUGUGGAAUGUGGAAAGAGCUUCAGUUGGAGCUCCUCUAUCACUAAGCAUCAGAGAAUUCAUACAGGCGAGAAACCCCAUCAGUGUGUGGAAUGUGGAAAGAGCUUCACUGAGAGGUCCUCUCUCACUUCCCAUCAAAGAAUUCAUACAGGGGAGAAACCCUAUCAGUGUGUUGAAUGUGGGAAAAGGUUCAGUAAGAAGGAUAGUCUCACUUCCCAUCAGAGAAUUCAUACAGGGGCGAAACCCUAUCAGUGUGUGGAAUGUGGAAAGAGCUUCACUGAGAGGUCCUCUCUCACUUCCCAUCAGAGAAUUCAUACAGGGGAGAAACCCUAUAAGUGUGUGGAAUGCGGGAAAAGGUUCAGUAAGAAGGAUAGUCUCACUUCCCAUCAAAGAAUUCAUACAGGGGAGAAACCCUUUCAGUGUGUGGAAUGUGGGAAAAGGUUCAGUAAGAAGGACAGUCUCACUUCCCAUCAAAGAAUUCAUACAGGGGUGAAACCCUAUCAGUGUGUGGAAUGUGGAAAGAGCUUCAGUCAGAGCUACCAUCUCACUAGGCACCAGAGAAUUCAUACAGGGGAGAAACCUUAUCAGUGUGUGGAAUGUGGAAAGAGCUUCAAUACAAGCUCCUCUCUCACUUCCCACCAGCGAAUUCAUACAGGGGAGAAACCCUAUCAGUGUGUGGAAUGUGGAAAGAGUUUCAGUACCAGUUCACAUCUCUCUUCCCAUCAAAGAAUUCAUACAGGGGAGAAACCCUAUCAGUGUGUGGAAUGUGGAAAGAGCUUCAGUCACAGAUUCUCUCUCACUUCCCAUCAAAGAAUUCAUACAGGGGAGAAACCUUAUCAGUGCAUGGAAUGUGGAGAGAGCUUCCGUCACAGUUCCCAUCUCACUUACCAUCAAAGAAUUCAUACAGGGGAGAAACCCUAUCAGUGUGUGGAAUGUGGAAAGAGCUUCAGUAGGAACGCCUCUCUCACUAAGCAUCAGAGAAUUCAUACAGGGGAGAAACCCUAUCAGUGUGUGGAAUGUGGAAAGAGCUUCAUUGAUAGCUCUUCUCUCACCAAGCAUCAGAGAAUUCAUACAGGGGAGAAACCCUAUCAGUGUGUGGAAUGUGGAAAGAGCUUCAGUAGGAGCGCCUCUCUCACUUCCCAUCAGAGAAUUCAUACAGGGGAGAAACCCUAUCCGUGCUUGGAAUGUGGAAAGAGCUUCAGUCAUGGCUCCCAUCUCACUUCCCAUCAGAGAAUUCAUACAGGGGAGAAACCCUAUCAGUGCGUGGAAUGUGGAAAGAGCUUCAGUAAGAGCUCCAUUCUCACUUGCCAUCAGAGAAUUCAUACAGGGGAUAAACCGUAUCAGUGUGUGGAAUGUGGAAAGAGCUUCAAUCAGAGAUCCUCUAUCACUUUUCAUCGAAGAAUUCAUACAGGGGAGAAACCCUAUCAGUGUGUAGAAUGUGGAAAGAGCUUCAGUACGAGCUCCUCUCUCACUAAGCAUCAUAGAAUUCAUACAGGGGAGAAACCCUAUCAGUGUGUGGAAUGUGGAAAGAGCUUCAGUAGGAGCGCCUCUCUCACUAAGCAUCAGAGAAUUCAUACAGGGGAGAAACCCUAUCAGUGUGUGGAAUGUGGAAAGAGCUUCAUUCAUAGCUCCUCUUUCAUUUUCCAUAAAAGAAUUCAUACAGGAGAGAAACCCUAUCAGUGCGUGGAAUGUGGAAAGAGCUUCAGUACGAGCUCCGAUCUCACUAAGCAUCAGAGAAUUCAUACAGGGGAGAAACCCUAUCAGUGUGUGGAAUGUGGAAAGAGCUUCAAUAGGAGCGCCUUUCUCACUAAGCAUCAGAGAAUUCAUACAGGAGAGAAACCCUAUCAGUGUGUGGAAUGUGGAAAGAGCUUCAAUCAGAGGUCUUCUCUGACUUCCCAUCAGAGAAUUCAUACAGGGGAAAAACCCUAUCAGUGUGUGGAAUGUGGAAAGAGCUUCAGUCAGAACUCCAAUCUCACUUCCCAUAAAAAAAUCCAUACUAAGAAACUCUAUCAGUGCAUGGAAUGUGGAAAGAGCUUCAGUACGAGCUCCACUCUCGCUUCCCAUCAAAGAAUUCAUACAGGGGAGAAACCCUAUCAGUGUGUGGAAUUUGGGAAGAGCUUCAGUCAAAGCUCCUCUCUCACUUCCCAUCAAGGAAUUCAUAUAGGGGAGAAACGCCAUCAGUGUGUGGAAUGUGGAAAGAGCUUCAGUACGAGCUCCAAUCUCACUUCCCAUCAAAGAAUUCAUACAGGGGAGAAACCCUAUCAGUGUGUGGAAUGUGGAAAAAGCUUCAGUCAUGGCUCCCAUCUCACUUCCCAUCUGAGAAUUCAUACAGGGGAGAAACCAUAUCAGUGUGUGGAAUGUGGAAAGAGCUUCAGGAGAAAGGACAAGCUCACUUCCCAUCAGAGAAUUCAUACAAGGGAGAAACCCUAUCAGUGCUGUGAAUGUGGAAAGAGCUUCAGGAGAAAGGACAAGCUCACUUCCCAUCAGAGAAUUCAUACAAGGGAGAAACCCUAUCAGUGCUCCGAAUGUGGAAUGUGCUUCACUCAGAGCUCCCAUCUCACUUCCCAUCAACGAAUUCAUAUAGGGGAGAAACCCUAUCAGUGUGUGGAAUGUGGAAAGAGCUUCAGUAUGAGCUCCAAUCUCACUUCCCAUCAAAGAAUUCAUACAGGGGAGAAACCCUAUCAGUGUGUGGAAUGUGCAAAGAGCUUCAGUCACAGCUCCUCUCUCAGUAAGCAUCAAAGAAUUCAUACAGGGGAGAAACCCUAUCAGUGUGUGGAAUGUGGAAAGAGCUUCAGUCAGAUCUUCUCUCUCACUUCCCAUCAGAGAAUUCAUACAGGGGAGAAACGCCAUCAGUGUGUGGAAUGUGGAAAGAGCUUCAGUAAGAGCUCCAUUCUCACUUCCCAUCAAAGAAUUCAUACAGGGGAGAAACCCUAUCCGUGUGUGGAAUGUGGAAAGAGCUUCAGGAGAAAGGACAAGCUCACUUCCCAUCAGAGAAUUCAUACAGGGGAGAAACCCUAUCCGUGUGUGGAAUGUGGAAAGAGCUUCAGGAGAAAGGACAAGCUCACUUCCCAUCAGAGAAUUCAUAUAGGGGAGAAACCCCAUCAGUGUGUGGAAUUUGGGAAAAGCUUCAAUACGAGCUCCAAUCUGACUUCCCAUCAGAGAAUUCAUACAAUUCAUGUGGAAUGUGGAUUAGAGGAGAAGCCACGUACAAAUGUGGACUGUGGAGAAAGCUGCAGUCAGAGCUCCCAUUCCACUUCCAAUCAACAAAAUCUCAUUGGAAAGAAACUCUAUCAGUGUAUGGAAUGUGGAAAGAGCUUCAGUAGGGGCUCCACUCUCACUUCCCAUCAAAGAAUUCAUACAGGGGAGAAACCCUAUCAGUGUGUGGAAUGUGGAAAGAGCUUCAGUACAAGCUCCACUCUCACUUCCCAUCUAAGAAUUCAUACAGGGGAGAAACCCUAUCAGUGUGUGGGAUGUGGAAAGAGCUUCAGUCAGAGCUCGUCUCUCACUUCCCAUCAAAGAAUUCAUACAGCGGAGAAACCCUAUCAGUACUUGGAAUGUGGAAAGAGCUUCAGGAAAAAGGACAAGCUCACUUCCCAUCAAAGAAUUCAUACAGGGGAGAAACCCUAUCAGUGUGUGGAAUGUGGAAAGAGCUUCAGUCAGAGCUCGUCUCUCACUUCCCAUCAAAGAAUUCAUACAGCGGAGAAACCCUAUCAGUACUUGGAAUGUGGAAAGAGCUUCAGGAAAAAGGACAAGCUCACUUCCCAUCAAAGAAUUCAUACAGGGGAGAAACCCUAUCAGUGUGUGGAAUGUGGAAAGAGCUUCAGUACGAGCUCCAAUCUCACUUCCCAUCAGAGAAUUCAUACAGGGGAGAAACCCUAUCAGUGCUUGGAAUGUGGAAAGAGCUUCAGUCAGAGCGCGCAUCUCACUUCCCAUCAAAGAAUUCAUACAGGGGAGAAACCCUAUCAGUGCUUGGAAUGUGGAAAGAGCUUCCGGAAGAAGGACAAUCUCACUUCCCAUCAUAGAAUUCAUACAGGGGAGAAACCCUAUCAGUGUGUGGAAUGUGGAAAGAGCUUCAGUACGAACUCCAAUCUCACUUCCCAUCAGAGAAUUCAUAGAGUGGAGAAACCCUAUCAGUGUGUGGAAUGUGGAAAGAGCUUCAGUCAGAGCUCGUCUCUCACUUCCCAUGAAAGAAUUCAUACAGCGGAGAAACCCUAUCGGUACUUGGAAUGUGGAAAGAGCUUCAGGAAAAAGGACAAGCUCACUUCCCAUCAAAUAAUUCAUACAGGGGAGAAACCCUAUCAGUGUGUGGAAUGUGGAAAGAGCUUCAGUACGAGCUCCAAUCUCACUUCCCAUCAGAGAAUUCAUACAGGGGAGAAACCCUAUCAGUGCUUGGAAUGUGGAAAGAGCUUCAGUCAGAGCGCUCAUCUCACUUCCCAUCAAAGGAUUCAUACAGGGGAGAAACCCUAUCAGUGCUUGGAAUGUGGAAAGAGCUUCCGGAAGAAGGACAAUCUCACUUCCCAUCAAAGAAUUCAUACAGGGGAGAAACCCUAUCAGUGUGUGGAAUGUGGAAAGAGCUUCAGUACGAAUUGCAAUCUUACUUCCCAUCAAAGAAUUCAUACAGGGGAGAAACCCUAUCAGUGCUUGGAAUGUGGAAAGAGCUUCAGUCAUGGCUCCCAUCUCACUUCCCAUCAGAGAAUUCAUACAGGGGAGAAACCCUAUCAGUGUGUGGAAUGUGGAAAGAGCUUCAGGAAAAAGGACACGCUCACUUUCCAUCAAAGAAUUCAUACAGGGGAGAAACCCUAUCAGUGCUUGGAAUGUGGAAAGAGCUUCAGUACAAGCUCCACUCUCACUUCCCAUCUAAGAAUUCAUACAGGGGAGAAACCCUAUCAUUGUGUGGAAUGUGGAAAGAGCUUCCGGACGAAGGACUAUCUCACUUCCCAUCAUAGAAUUCAUACAGGGGAGAAACCCUAUCAGUGUGUGGAAUGUGGAAAGAGCUUCAGUACAAGCUCCAAUCUCACUUCCCAUCAGAAAAUUCAUACAGGGGAGAAACCCUAUCAGUGUGUGGAAUGUGGAAAGAGCUUCAGGAAGAAGGACAAGCUCACUUUCCAUCAAAGAAUUCAUACAGGGGAGAAACCCUAUCAGUGUGUGGAAUGUGGAAAGAGCUUCAGUACGAAUUGCAAUCUUACUUCCCAUCAAAGAAUUCAUACAGGGGAGAAACCCUAUCAUUGUGUGGAAUGUGGAAAGAGCUUCAGUCAUGGCUUCCAUCUCACUUCCCAUCAGAGAAUUCAUACAGGGGAGAAACCCUAUCAGUGCUUGGAAUGUGGAAAGAGCUUCAGUCAUGGCUUCCAUCUCACUUCCCAUCAGAGAAUUCAUACAGGGGAAAAACCCUAUCAGUGUGUGGAAUGUGGAAAGAGCUUCAGGAUGAAGGACAAGCUCACUUCCCAUCAAAGAAUUCAUACAGGGGAGAAACCCUAUCAGUGUGUGGAAUGUGGAAAGAGCUUCAGUAAAAAGGACAAGCUUCAGUAGAGCUCCAUUCUCACUUCCCAUCAAAGAAUUCAUACAGGGGAGAAACCCUAUCAGUGUGUGGAAUGUGGAAAGAGCUUCAGUCAUGGCUCCCAUCUCACUUCCCAUCAGAGGAUUCAUACUGGGGAGAAACCCUAUCCGUGUGUGGAAUGUGGAAAGAGCUUCAGGAGAAAGGACAAGCUCACUUCCCAUCAGAGAAUUCAUACAGGGGAGAAACCCUAUCCGUGUGUGGAAUGUGGAAAGAGCUUCAGGAGAAAGGACAAGCUCACUUCCCAUCAGAGAAUUCAUAUAGGGGAGAAACCCCAUCAGUGUGUGGAAUUUGGGAAAAGCUUCAAUACGAGCUCCAAUCUGACUUCCCAUCAGAGAAUUCAUACAAUUCAUGUGGAAUGUGGAUUCCUUGUGGUGUUGGACGAAGACUUAAAACUUCUUAUUAAAGCUUUGGCUGCCCAUUGCCCCUGGUAUCGCCAAGACGGCUCCUGGGAUUUAAAAGAAUGGGACAAAAUUGGACAUUUCUUCUACACUCAUUCCCAAGUAGACCUUUGCGUCCUCAACGCUUGGUGCAAAGUUUACAAGGCUAUGUCUACCCUCAGCCCGGCCAAUAUUCUUUUGGCUGCUGCCCCCCCGACGAUUUCUCCUUUACCAACUGCUCAAGUGUCCAUAUCUCCAGCGCUGCCCUCACCUCCUCUGCAGGCUGAUGUGCUUCCCAAGGCCCCGGAGGUGUCCAAUUCAUCUGCUGCAGCACCCCUCCUGCCUUUUGAUGUCUCUAUGCCCGCAGCAAUCCUCAAUAAUGCAGCCCAGGCCGCCCAUCAGGCUGCUGAUGGGCAGCUUGCUGCAGGUGCUGCACCCCCCCUGCUCCCGUCCUUUUGA